CGGCCUUUCCCCAAUCUGCAGCUCCAGUUUUAGCUGGAGAAUUAUGGAAGUGAAUCCGAGGACGGGGAAACCACGGGAAGUGACGAGUUAAAAGGCUAGCCAUAUUGUAAUUGAACAUAGACUUUAUAAUUUGAUCUUCAGAUUUUGAUGGUAUCAGAGUAUGAUAUGAUUAAGUUCCAAGCCUUAUGCAUUUGUGGGACUCGUCUCGCGAGUGCACGGCGUCUGUCGCGCCUCGAAUUUGAGUUUGGGGCGUGACAUGCAUAAAAUUAAUUAUAAAUUUACACAUUAUAUUAUACAUAAAUAGUGUACUAAAAACAUUGUACCCUAGCCAUUUUUGGGGUAAAAAACAUAUUGAGUAGGA